CUGUUAUUAACUAUGGCUUCUCACACCAGCAUUCUUCUUCUCAUCGCUCUUUGGGCUUCUUUGCAGGAUGGUUUGGGUCUUCCAGUGAUGGAGCCCCAGGACAAGCAGACAGCACAGAGAGUAAGGACCAAACGUUGUGCCUGCAGCAGCCCUCUGGACUCUGAGUGCCACUACUUCUGCCACCUGGAUAUCGUCUGGAUCAAUACACCCAGCAAGACAACAGUUUAUGGUCUUGGUCGACUCCGAAGGUCUGCUGGUCGCUGCACCUGUGCCAACCCUGAUGAUCGCACAUGUACCAAUUUCUGCUAUCACAACCUUGAAAUCACUUCCCCAGAGAAGUCUUUGAAGAGACGUCAACUUGAACUACUCAGCAUCCUGAGAGCUGUGGCCAGCGGGUUCAACAGAGAUGAGUCUUCUGAGGCUCAAAGAGAACGCGCUCGCUAA